GGGCCGUGCAGCGCCGGGAGGCCGCGCGGGCCCGCGGAGCGUCCUGGGCAGCAGCGGGGCCACAACCGGGUCCGCGUGCGUCACGUCGGGGCCGCGGCCGCCCCCCGCCCCGGAAGGACAACUGGGCUCUGGGAAUAUGGCAGCGGCGGCGGGAGGCGCGGCAGCGGCCGCUGCUCCCGUGUGUGUGCUAGUGCUGGGUAUGGCCGGCUCCGGAAAAACCACCUUCGUGCAGCGCCUGGCUGCCCACCUGCACGGGCAGCGCUGCCCUCCGUACGUGAUCAACCUGGACCCUGCCGUGCACAGCCUGCCCUUCCCCGCCAACAUCGAUAUCAGAGACACUGUGAAGUACAAAGAAGUCAUGAAACAAUAUGGGCUGGGCCCAAAUGGCGGAAUAGUGACCUCUCUCAAUCUCUUUGCUACAAGAUUUGACCAGGUGAUGAAGUUUAUUGAAAAAAGACAAAAUGCAUCCAAGUAUGUUAUUAUUGACACACCAGGGCAAAUUGAGGUAUUUACUUGGUCAGCAUCAGGAACCAUCAUAACUGAGGCCUUGGCCUCCUCUUUCCCUUCAGUUGUUGUCUAUGUGAUGGACACCUCUCGCAGUACUAACCCUAUCACCUUUAUGUCCAACAUGCUCUAUGCCUGCAGUAUCCUGUACAAGACAAAGCUACCUUUCAUCGUAGUUAUGAACAAAACUGACAUAAUCGACCACAGUUUCGCAGUGGAAUGGAUGCAGGACUUUGAGACUUUUCAGGAUGCCCUGAAUCAAGAGACCUCCUAUGUCAGUAACCUGACUCGUUCCAUGAGUUUAGUGUUGGAUGAAUUUUACAGUUCACUGAAGGUGGUUGGUGUUUCUGCGGUGCUCGGCACAGGACUGGAUGAGUUUUUUAUCCAGCUUUCUAAAGCUGUAGAUGAAUACGAGAGAGAGUAUCGUCCAGAAUAUGAACGCCUAAGAAAAACACUAGAGGAAGCUCAAGAGAAACAAAAGAGAGAGCAGCUGGAACACUUGUGGAAGGACAUGGGCAGUGUGUGUAUGCAGGGCAGCACACUGACAGGACCUGAUGAUGCUUCUGCAAUGGGUCCCUCUGAGCUAAUCCUUACACGAGGAACUCUCAAUGAAGAGGAAGAAGAGAGGGAGAGUGAUACUGAUGACAUUGACCAUGAAGUGACGGAGGAGAGUCACGAAGAACCAGCCUUUAGAAACUUCAUGCAAGACAUGCGGAUGAAAUGCCAGAGAAAAAGCAAUCUGAAUGAAUGAGACCUUCACAAACAGAAGCCCAUCUGUAUGGAUGUGCAGCAAAUGCAUCUUAAUUACAUUAUACAGAUAUGGUACAGAUGCCUCCCAGGAAAACCCUGAGCAAAGAAAGUUCCCAGGAAGGAAGGUAAUAAAAAGUCUCUAGCUUGAUUUGGCUGAGAGCAGAAAUGCAUGGGGUUGUAUACUGGCUGCAUAUAUCCCUAGUAGAGGCAUUUCCAUAGAUGGAAACUUACCUGGAAUAUAGACAAGUGCUUAGAGACUGGCUAAUUCUUAUUUUUCAUGGUAGGCACUUGCAGUUUAGCAGUCUGGCCCCAGAAUCUUUGGGGUUUUCUCCUCCACACAAAGGGGUGGCCUCGCUGGGUAGGUCUCUGAGUGGAAGUCUGGCACAGGUUAGCUAGCACCAAUCCCAAAUUGCUAGUGUGGAAUACCACUCUGCUUUAAUUUAUAAAUCACUACUUCUCUUAGUGGAUAAACCCUUCAACUUUACUUCAAUUUCACCAAGUUCCAAACUAUGGCCACCAAAAUUUUACAACACUAUGUCUGUGGUGGAAUUCUGUGUAUGGUCCUAUGGGAAUGUUCACAAGGAACCACGCUGACCUAACCUGUGACUGUAGCCCAAGGGGCAACCUCGUCCCAACACCUCUGGCUAUGCUCAGUGAGUCCUUGCUGACCCAUAACAGAUGCCUCUGCCUACUGCCUUGAGGAGUAUCCCUAAGGUGCCACAAAGAGAGGAUCUUCUUAUGGGCACAGUGUGCUGGGAUUCAGGGCAAAAGAAGGGGUUUUCAGUCUUUAGCACCUCACACUCCAUCAGCAUUGAUUAAAACCUCCAGCCUCAGGAGGACACAGACAGUCACAUUUUACAGAUCCUGGUCUCACCUCAGCCUUGCCAAGGGACAGUCUGACAGGGAGAGGGAAGGAAACAGGUCUGGACAGACAGCCUGCUCGCCGAAAAUCAUCCUAACCCUUACAGUACUAAAAGAGCUCUAAGAACUUCCCAAAAUGUUAAUUUUCCUGCAGACUGAAGGGUUAGAGUAGCACUUAAGUUGAAGCACAGGCUGGACCUGCCAUGAACACACUAUGUAAAUAUAAGAAGCAAGAGCUACUCAGACAAUUCCAUAAAACAUUCCAAAAUCUGUCUCCUGGGAUAUGAUAAUCACAGGGUUUUUUUAGUAAUGUUAAUUUUAAAUUUUCUUCCCAGGUUUUGUCUUUCCCUUGGAUUCUUUUAACUGUUGUUUCAAUUUGUCAUUUUGGUAUCAUAGAGACAAUUUUACAGUACCAAAUCAAUUUCUUUCCUUUAUUUCAUUUCUCAGAUUACCAUUUUAUCAUCUGUUCUCUCCAUUGCCGUGCAGACUUUAAACAUAGUGCCAGCACAUUACAAAUAAUACUUUCUCCUUUUUUAUCUUUCAGCAAUCACCAUUUUUCAGCUAUUUUCUCCUACAUUUUUUCCCACUUAUACCAGUUAUCUACUGGCCAAGGAUCAUCAGUUUCAAUAUGAAAACUGUGCCUUUGCAGGUAAUCUGCUAAGCCUUUAGUCUGUUUCUCUAAAUUGUUUGCCAUCCUGUCUUCAACUAUGCCAAAAAUGCCAUUAAACGAGUGGGAGCUUCAGGCAAGCCCUGCCUUAGCCUCAGAUUUUUGGCAACAGCUUAAAUUUAAGAAAGCACUCUGGCCCGCAAGUUUUAAGGAUGGCAAAUCAGGUAAAUUUAUAAAAUCAGUUAUUUAUUAAACAGAUAGGAGAUAAUAGACAAAAGAUUUUUACUGCACAGUAUAAACAAGGAAGAACUACUACUAGAUUACAUAAAAGUGCAUGAUAUCAAGGUACCUAUUUUAAAGCUAGCAAAAGAAAAGAGUAUUGAUUAGGAGUCAAAUGGAACUUAGCACCAAAUGACAUUGGUGUAUCCAGAGUCCUUUCAUUUGCUGUCCAGAGGAGUAACUGCAAAGCAGGCUCCCCGCUCUGAAGAGAAACUCCACACAUUUACAAGGAAUGAGCAGAAGAUUCAUGCUUUGGGAAAGUUCAGUGUAACUUUUGUAGCUUUUAUGUAAAGUGAGGUGCCUUUCAGUGAGAAAUCCGAGUGGAGCUGCAGACAGAGGUUUUUUCCCAAGUUCCUUUUGAACCAGUCCUGCACCUGUUACAAGUCCUCAGUCUCCUGCAGUUUUGUGGGUCAGUCACAUGUAAAACAGCACAACUGGUUGGCAUGCUCUGCUCGUGAGGGGAGACGAGAAGAAUCCCUCUGCUCACACUAGACCUGCAGCUGCCAAACCUCACCAAAGCACCCGAGGGGCCCCCAGGGAUUGAUGGCACAGAAGGGAGGUGAUGGAGGACAGCACAGCAGGCAGCCUGCCCUCCAUCUGGGUGUGAAGAAGGCAGGGCUGGGAACCGUCAGCCAAAUCCCACCAGGACUGGCUCAUGGUACCACCCUGAGGGUUUCCCCUGCCUUUGGCCAGUCCCAGCUGCUGCAGCUCACUUGACAGAGACUCACUGUCUAUACUAUGCUUGGCAGCACUGGAGAAGAUGAAGCUGAGGACAGCAAUGGUUACCUUCACAUCCCCUGACUGCAGACGGGAGGGAGGGCGAGCUCUGUCACCUUGGGAAGGCAUGCGCAGACUCAUUGCUGCCCAUCUCUGGAGCAUGGCUCCAUCGGGGGAUUGUGGUAAGGACAGCAGUGCUCACCUAACUUUGCACCUGAGGUCAGCUUCAGGAUCUUGUCCUGCUGUGGGAGAGCACAGCUUCACAGUAAACACCAGCUAACACACUAACAGUGUUAACAGUAACAAUUCUUACCUAAAUAUUAAUACUAAUAACACUGUGCAUAUUAUUAAUACUAGUAGAGGCCAGUAGUGUUCUUAAUGCUGAGGCUUGCAUGAAGAACAGAAAAUUAAUUAAUGUUGCUGAUUAUGUUAUUGUAGUGUUGAAAUACUUUGCCUCCACUGUGGUAGCUCCACAUUAGCUCAGUGGCCUCCCCCAGCAGGUCCCACAGCACCUGGAUGCAGAUCAGCUUAAGCUUCACUGAUGUGAUAAAGAGUUCACUCUUUAAAAUAUUUUAAAGUUUAAUAAAGGACAAAAGGACAAAAUAAUCCAGCACUGGUGUGCUUUUGGUGCACGGCUAAAGAGCACAAAGGUAGCUUACAAUUAUGUUCACUAUACGCUGGUCACAUUGCUGGGGUUACAUGCAUAUUCAUUAGUUUAUACAUUAUUCAAACGUUCCUUUGCGUUUUUGACGUUCCAGGUACUCUCUUGUUUGGUUUUAACCUCUGACUUGUCUGCAGAACAUUCUGUAAAUUAGGUCUACAUAUUUUAUUUCUUCCUGUAGUUUUAUCCUGUUGUUUCACACUCCCUGAUAGUGCAAAUAGAGUCGAUAAAUCCUU